CAGGCCCAGGCCACUGCAAGCUGGAUGGGUCUUCCCGUUAGGGGAAGAACUGGGAGAGUUGGUUAUAAGAGAAGCCAAAUGGUGCCUCGGGGAGAAUGUUUUCUAUAUAAACUGGCUCUAACUUUCAGGUGUGUCUUCACAUGCCCUGUUUGCUACCUGCGCCUCUCCACAAAGACUCCCAGAUCCUGUAGAAUUGAAUUUAAUCAUCUCCUGACAAAAGAAUGCAAUUUCAACUUACCCUUUUUUUGCACCUUGGGUGGCUCAGUUACUCAAAAGCUCAAGAUGACUGCAACAGGGGUGCCUGUCAUCCCACCACUGGCGAUCUCCUGGUGGGCAGGAACACACAGCUUACGGCUUCUUCUACCUGUGGGCUGAGCAGAGCCCAGAAAUACUGCAUCCUCAGUUACCUGGAGGGGGAACAAAAAUGCUUCAUCUGUGACUCUAGAUUUCCAUAUGAUCCGUAUGCCCAACCCAACAGCCACACCAUUGAGAAUGUCAUUGUAAGUUUUGAACCAGACAGAGAAAAGAAAUGGUGGCAAUCUGAAAAUGGUCUUGAUCAUGUCAGCAUCAGACUGGACUUAGAGGCAUUAUUUCGGUUCAGCCACCUUAUCUUGACCUUUAAGACUUUUCGGCCUGCUGCAAUGUUAGUUGAACGUUCCACAGACUAUGGACACACCUGGAAAGUGUUCAAAUAUUUUGCAAAAGACUGUGCCACUUCCUUUCCUAACAUCACAUCUGGCCAGGCCCAGGGAGUGGGAGACAUUGUUUGUGACUCCAAAUACUCGGAUAUUGAACCCUCAACAGGUGGAGAGGUUGUUUUAAAAGUUUUGGAUCCCAGUUUUGAAAUUGAAAACCUUUAUAGCCCCUACAUCCAAGACCUUGUGACAUUGACAAACCUGAGGAUAAACUUUACCAAGCUCCACACCCUUGGGGAUACUUUGCUUGGAAGGAGGCAAAAUGAUUCCCUUGAUAAAUACUACUAUGCUCUGUACGAGAUGAUUGUGAGGGGAAGCUGCUUUUGCAAUGGCCAUGCUAGCGAAUGUCGCCCUAUGCAGAAGGUGCGGGGAGAUGUUUUCAGCCCUCCUGGAAUGGUUCACGGUCAGUGUGUGUGUCAGCACAAUACAGAUGGUCCGAACUGUGAGAGAUGCAAGGACUUCUUCCAGGACGCUCCUUGGAGGCCAGCUGCAGACCUCCAGGACAACGCUUGCAGAUCGUGCAGCUGUAACAGCCACUCCAGCCGCUGUCACUUUGACAUGACUACGUACCUGGCAAGCGGUGGCCUCAGCGGGGGCGUGUGUGAAGACUGCCAGCACAACACUGAGGGGCAGCACUGCGACCACUGCAGGCCCCUCUUCUACAGGGACCCGCUCAAGACCAUCUCAGAUCCCUACGCGUGCAUUCCUUGUGAAUGUGACCCCGAUGGGACCAUAUCUGGUGGCAUUUGUGUGAGCCACUCUGAUCCCGCCUUAGGGUCUGUGGCCGGCCAAUGCCUUUGUAAGGAGAACGUGGAAGGAGCCAAAUGCGACCACUGCAAGCCCAACCACUAUGGACUAAGCGCCACCGACCCCCUGGGCUGCCAGCCCUGCGACUGUAACCCCCUUGGAAGUCUGCCAUUCUUGACCUGUGAUGUGGAUACAAGCCAAUGCUUGUGCCUGUCAUACGUCACCGGAGCACACUGCGAAGAAUGCACUGUUGGAUACUGGGGCCUGGGAAAUCAUCUCCAUGGGUGUUCUCCCUGUGACUGUGAUAUUGGAGGUGCUUACUCUAACGUGUGCUCACCCAAGAAUGGGCAGUGUGAAUGCCGCCCACAUGUCACUGGCCGUAGCUGCUCUGAACCAGCCCCUGGCUACUUCUUUGCUCCUUUGAAUUUCUAUCUCUACGAGGCAGAGGAAGCCACAGCACUCCAAGGACUGGCGCCUUUGGGCUUGGAGACUUUUGGCCAGAGUCCUGCUGUUCACGUUGUUUUAGGAGAGCCAGUUCCUGGGAACCCUGUUACAUGGACUGGACCUGGAUUUGCCAGGGUUCUCCCUGGGGCUGGCUUGAGAUUUGCUGUCAACAACAUUCCCUUUCCUGUGGACUUCACCAUUGCCAUUCGCUAUGAAACCCAGUCUGCAGCUGACUGGACUGCCCAGAUCAUGGUGAAUGCCCCCGGAGGGAGUGAGCACUGCGUACCCAAGACUCCACGGUCAAAGCCUCAGUCUUUUGCCUUACCAGCGGCUACCAGAAUCAUGCUGCUUCCCACCCCCAUCUGUUUAGAACCAGAUGUACAAUAUUCCAUAGAUGUCUAUUUUUCUCAGCCUUUGGAAGGAGAGUCCCAUGCUCAUUCACACAUCCUGGUGGACUCUCUUGGCCUUAUUCCCCAAAUCAAUUCAUUGGAGAAUUUCUGCAGCAAGCAGGACUUAGAUGAGUAUCAGCUUCACAAUUGUGUUGAAAUUGCCUCAGCAAUGGGACCUCAAGUGCUCCCGGGUGCCUGUGAAAGGCUGAUCAUCAGCAUGUCCGCCAAGCUGCAUGACGGGGCUGUGGCCUGCAAGUGUCACCCCCAGGGCUCAGUCGGAUCCAGCUGCAGCCGACUUGGAGGCCAGUGCCAGUGUAAACCUCUUGUGGUCGGGCGCUGCUGUGACAGGUGCUCAACUGGAAGCUAUGAUUUGGGGCAUCAUGGCUGUCACCCAUGUCGCUGCCAUCCUCAAGGAUCAAAGGACACUGUAUGUGACCAAGUAACAGGACAGUGCCCCUGCCAUGGAGAGGUGUCUGGCCGCCGCUGUGAUCGCUGCCUGGCAGGCUACUUUGGAUUUCCCAGCUGCCGCCCUUGCCCUUGUAAUGGGUUUGCUGAAAUUUGUGAUCCUGAGACAGGGUCAUGCUUCAAUUGUGGAGGCUUUACAACUGGUAGAAACUGUGAAAGGUGUAUUGAUGGUUACUACGGAAACCCUUCUUCAGGACAGCCGUGUCGUCCUUGCCUGUGUCCAGAUGAUCCCUCAAGCACUCAGUAUUUUGCCCAUUCCUGUUAUCAGAAUCUGUGGAGCUCAGAUGUAAUCUGCAAUUGUCUUCAAGGUUAUACGGGUACUCAGUGUGGAGAAUGCUCUACUGGUUUCUAUGGAAAUCCAAGAAUUUCAGGAGCACCUUGCCGGCCAUGUGCCUGCAACAACAACAUAGAUGUAACCGAUCCAGAGUCCUGCAGCCGGGUAACAGGGGAGUGCCUUCGAUGUUUGCACAACACUCAGGGCACAAACUGCCAGCUCUGCAAACCAGGUCACUAUGGAUCAGCCCUCAAUCAGACCUGCAGAAGAUGCUCCUGCCAUGCUUCCGGCGUGAGUCCCACGGAGUGUCCCCCUGGUGGGGGAGCUUGCCUCUGUGACCCUGUCACUGGUGCAUGUCCUUGUCUGCCAAAUGUCACAGGCCUGUCCUGUGACCGUUGUGCUGAUGGAUACUGGAAUCUGGUCCCUGGCAGAGGAUGUCAGUCAUGUGACUGUGACCCUAGGACCUCUCAAAGUAGCCACUGUGACCAGCUUACAGGCCAGUGUCCGUGUAAAUUAGGCUAUGGCGGGAAACGUUGCAGUGAGUGCCAGGAAAAUUAUUAUGGUGAUCCACCUGGGCGAUGCAUUCCAUGUGAUUGUAACAGGGCGGGUACCCAGAAGCCCAUCUGUGAUCCAGACACAGGCAUGUGCCGCUGCCGGGAGGGUGUCAGCGGCCAGAGAUGUGAUCGCUGUGCGCCGGGUCACAGCCAGGAAUUCCCUACUUGUCUUCAGUGUCACUUGUGCUUUGAUCAAUGGGACCACAUCAUUUCUUCCCUCUCCAAAGCGGUGCAAGGGUUAAUGAGACUGGCUGCUAACAUGGAAGAUAAAAGAGAGACCCUGCCUGUCUAUGAGGCAGACUUCAAAGGCCUCAGAGGGAACGUGUCUGAAAUAGAAAGGAUUUUGAAACAUCCUGUUUUCCCAUCUGGGAAAUUCUUAAAAGUCAAGGAUUAUCAUGACUCUGUUAGAAAACAAAUCGUGCAGCUAAAUGAACAAUUGAAAGCAGUGUAUGAAUUUCAAGAUCUGAAAGAUACAAUAGAAAGAGCAAAGAAUGAAGCAGACCUCUUACUUGAAGACCUUCAGGAAGAAAUUGAUUUGCAAUCCAGUGUCCUUAAUGCAAGCAUUGUGGACUCCUCAGAAAACAUCAAGAAAUAUUAUCACAUAUCGUCAUCUGCUGAAAAGAAAAUUAAUGAAACUAGUUCCACCAUUAAUACCUCUGCAAAUACCAGGAAUGACUUACUUACCAUCUUAGAUACACUGACCUCAAAAGGAAACUUGUCAUUGGAAAGAUUAAAGCAGAUUAAGAUACCAGAUAUCCAAAUAUUGAAUGAAAAGGUGUGUGGAGAUCCAGGAAAUGUGCCAUGUGUGCCCUUGCCCUGUGGCGGUGCUCUGUGCACGGGCCGGAAGGGGCACAGGAAGUGUGGGGGUCCUGGCUGUCACAGCUCCCUGACCCUCUCAACGAAUGCCCUCCAAAAAGCCCAGGAAGCAAAAUCCGUUAUUCAUAAUUUGGACAAACAAGUUCGUGGGUUGAAGAAUCAGAUCAAAAAUAUAAGUAAACUGGCAGAAGUCUCCAAAAACAAUGCCUUACAGCUAAGGGAAAAACUGGGAAAUAUAAGAAACCAAAGUGACUCUGAAGAAGAAAAAAUCAAUCUUUUCAUCAAAAAAGUGAAAAACUUUUUGUUAGAGGAAAACAUGCCUCCAGAAGACAUCGAGAAGGUUGCGAAUGGUGUGCUUGACAUUCACCUAACAAUUCCAUCCCAAAAUCUAACCGAUGAACUUGACAAAAUACAGAAACUUACGCAACUCUGUGAGGAUUACAGGACAGAUGAAAACAGGUUAAAUGAAGAAGCAGAUGGAGCCCAAAAGCUUUUGGUGAAGGCCAAAGCAGCUGAGAAAGCAGCAAAUGUUCUAUUAAAUCUUGACAAAACAUUGAACCAGUUGCAACAAGCUCAAAUCACUCAAGGACGGGCAGACUCUACCAUUACACAGCUGACUGCCAAUAUAACAAAAAUAAAAAAGAAUGUGCUGCAGGCUGAAAAUCAAACCAGGGAAAUGAAGAGUGAGCUGGAGUUAGCAAAGCAGCGAUCAGGGCUGGAGGAUGGACUUUCCCUGCUGCAGACCAAGUUGCAAAGGCAUCAAGACCAAGCUGUCAACGCGAAAGUUCAGGCUGAAUCUGCCCAACACCAGGCUGGGAGUCUUGAGAAGGAAUUUGUUGAGCUGAAAAAACAAUAUGCUAUUCUCCAACGUAAGACAAGCACUACAGGACUAACAAAGGAGACAUUAGGAAAAGUUAAACAGCUAAAAGAUGCUGCAGAAAGAUUGGCUGGAGAUACAGAGGACAAGAUAAGAAGAAUAACAGAUUUAGAAAGGAAAAUCCAAGAUUUGAAUCUAAGUAGACAAGCAAAAGCUGAUCAACUGAGAAUAUUGGAAGAUCAAGUUGUUGCCAUUAAAAAUGAAAUUGUUGAACAAGAAAAAAGAUAUGCUACAUGCUAUAGCUAGGCAGAGUUAAAGUGCAAAAGCUUGUGCCUUCGUUUCUGGUUUCUGAUGUACAAGCCCCUGGGGCUCUGUUGAACCUGUGAAAUACUGACAGUGUCUUCUACCUUCCUUCCCCACACCCCGUCCUUAUUACACACCUGCUCAGUGUGGCUGGAGGUUGAAAUGUCACCAGGAAAAUGCCACUUCAUAAUCGAAAGGGGAAAGUAAUGAGAUUGUCUCUGGUUUCAGAAACUUUUCCUCUUACCUUCCUUUCUCUUUCCUAACUUAAAAAUAACAGGUUCCAUAUAACAAGUAGAAAUUUAAGUAAGUACUCUACUUACUAAUAAUCAUUUCAGUCAGAUAAACCUAAACAUUAAAUAAGUAUCUCCAAUACUAGGAUGGAAUACAUAUGUAUGGCAUGUACUAGAUUGUCCUAUAUUUUAUGUUUAUUUGGAUUUGCUUUUAUUUGUAAAAUUAUUCUUUUCUGAAUAAACUGCAUACAAUUCAAAA